GAGGUGUGCCUACUACAAAGAGCACAGGCUGCAGAGAGCGGCUAUUUUUGACAUUUCCUGAAUCAUAUUUUAUUCAGAUGUUUGUGUCGCUUGAACGUGGACAUUGCUGCCUCGUUGAAUUGUGAGAAGAACCUCUGUCAUUUUCAUUCGGAAACACAAGCGAUCCCCGGAAGAGAUUUGAAUCAGUUUAAUCGAUUAAUUUUCCUUGAGGAUAGCGUUAGAUGCGCAGCUGUCUGAUGCACUCCCUAUCGGAAACAAGGACAUAAAGACGGGAUUAUUGAAGCGGGACAAAAGGCGAUGAUAGCCCGGAUCUAGCGCUCUGAUCCGCGAUGAGGCAGGACAGGCUCCCCGCCGCCGGCAGGAGGCCGAGGGCGGCGAGGCGGCGGCAGCAGCAAGGGUCGGGAGGGGUCGGGAACAUCAUCAGCAACGUCCUGAGGAAGAGGAACGGGAUCUCCCGGAGUGCACCGCGGCUGCUCUGCACCUUAGAGCCAGGAGUUGACACAAGGCUGAAGUUUACAAUUGAACCAUUGUUGGGAACGAAUGGAUUCCAGCAGUGGUACGACGCACUUAAAUCUGUGGCCAGGCUCCCUACAGGGAUACCAAAGGAAUGGAGAAAGAGGGUGUGGCUAACGCUAGCAGAACAGUACCUGCACACUAUCUCUAUAGACUGGGACAAGACGCUUCGUUUCGCCUUCAACGAGCGCAGCAACCCUGACGAUGACUCGCUCGGCAUCCAAAUUGUCAAGGACCUGCACAGGACGGGCUGCAGUUCGUACUGCGGGCAGGAGGGGGAGCAGGACCGGGUGGUGCUGAAGAGGGUGCUGCUGGCCUACGCCCGCUGGAACAAAAGUGUGGGCUACUGCCAGGGAUUCAACGUACUGGCUGCGCUCAUACUGGAAGUUACAGAGGGCCACGAGAGCGAUGCGCUGAAGGUGAUGAUCUACCUGAUUGACAAAGUGCUGCCUGAGAGUUAUUUUGCCAACAACCUGCGAGCAUUGUCAGUGGACAUGGCGGUGUUCAGAGACCUGCUCCGCCUGAAGCUGCCCCGACUGUCACAGCAUCUCCACCAGCUGCAGAAAGCUGCCAACAAAGAGGCCGGAGGCAGCUACGAGCCUCCGCUGACCAACGUGUUCACGAUGCAGUGGUUCCUCACGAUGUUCGCCACCUGCCUGCCGGCGCCCACCGUGCUGAAGAUCUGGGACUCGGUGUUCUUCGAAGGCUCCGAGGUUCUGUUUCGAGUCGCACUCGCCAUCUGGGAGAGACUGGGAGAGAGGAUCGAGUACUGUCACUCAGCAGAUGAGUUUUACAGCACCAUGGGAUGUCUCACUCAGGAGAUGCUGGACCGCAACCUCAUCGAUCCUCCUGAACUCAUGCAGGAGGUUUACGCCAUGGCUGUGUUUCCAUUCCCUCAACUGGCUGAGCUGAGAGAGAAAUACACGUACAACAUCACUCCGUUCCCCACUUCAGUCAAAUCCAGUGGAAGUGGAGGUUUGGGCGGCUGGGAGAGUGAUGAUGAUGCCGAAAUGGACGAUGAAGACUCUGUGGUGACGGCGCUCGGCUGCCUCGGGCCCCUGGGUGGCCUGCUGGCCCCCGAGCUGCACAGAUACCAGAGACACCUCAAAGACCAUCGAGGGGAGCAGGGGAACAUCGCAGAGCUGAGCCCAGGAGCGGUGGGCACUGCAGGGGGAGCAGCAGCAGCAGCAGGAGGAGGAGGAGCCAGGGCGGAGCAUCAAGCAGCAAUCAACAGCAUGAUGAUGGAGAGGAUGAGCACCGACAUCUGCGCCCUGAAGAAGCAAUACACACGCAUCAAAAGGAGGCAGCAGCAACAGGCUAUGCAACUCUACAUACGCACAGGACUUGGAACUGAAGUGGCGAGUCCAGCUGUUUUCCAGGAGCAGCCCGACAAACACAGGGACAGUACCGACCCACACACUGACGAAAAGUGCCCAGCCACCCGUGUACUGCCCUCCCAACUCAACCCUUCGAGCACCGUCAUCAAUCACCUCCUUCUGGGUCGGAAACUGCGCAGAGACCCCCGGGGCUCUAGACCCGCCUCACCUAGCACCUCCACCCUGCCGGUGAAUGGACCCUCUUCCCUGUCCCAGAGUCAGGGCUCCCCGACCAGUCAGCGCUGUGCCUCGAUGGUCUCCAACAGUUCAGGAUCUCCAGGGAGCUGUGGAGGAGGCUCGGGGUCUCCCUGGCGCGCUCAUGUCCGGGUCCAUCGAAGGAAUAUAGCCAUGGCUCGAGAACAGCUGGGCUUCGGAGAUUCUGAGGAAAGGGAAAAUGAAGAGAGUGAAGAGGAGAGGAAGAUUGAGGAAAAUGAGGGAGUUGACGAUGAGCUGAAAGAGGGGAGCGACUCCUUGUUGUCUCCUGAUCCCUCUGGUUCAGUGUGCGAGGAGGCUCCACAGAUGGCAGAUGAGACAGAAGUUGCAGAGGUGGUGGUGCAGCUGGACUGCCUGGAUCUAGAGGACGAACCAAAUCUGACCUCCCCCGACGACGCAGAUUCACAACCCACAUCACCAGAGUCUGAACCUGCACCACAAGUUCCUCUUCUCCCUCCUCCACCAUCCUUAAAAAGACACCAGGAGUCCGACUCGUCAGGUUCAGAAAGAAGCUCUGACAGACACUUUACUUUACCUCCACCUCACCACUCCUUCAACUCCUCACCCUCCACCCUGAGUCCGUCCCCCUCUCCGGUCCCCACAUUGGCCUCUCUUGCCCCGUCUAGCUCAUCCUCUCCUACGCCACCUUCCACCCCAGUGCCAAGCUCCACAUCCUGCCUCCAAUCUCCCCUUGCAGCUAACGACUUCUCCUCCACCUUUUACAAAACUUCCUCCCCCUCCACUCCCUCACUUUCCUCUAUCUCUUCAUCAUCAAGAUCUCAUUUAUCCUCCUCCCCGUCUACCCCAGCGUUAUCCUCCACCCCUAAACAGCAGGCCUAUUCCCCAUUCCCAAGCGUGAAGCAGCCAAGGAAAUCAGCAGCUGCCAGAAACCUCGGCCUCUACGGACCUACAUCCAGAACACCAACAGUACACUUCCCCCAGCUCAGCCUCAACCGCAGCAGUGCUGCUGGCACCACAGGGGCCCGAUGAAGACCUCUGCACUCCUGAACUGAUGCCACAAACACAGUCAUUAAGUAAUAUGAACAAUCAUUAUUUAACUACACCGUGUUGCCUCCUCCAUAUGAGUUCACCCAUAUCUUAGCUGAAGAUAGAACGUUAUAGAUAUGUAGAGUUCAAAUGUGCCCAGAAUUGCUUGAUUAUUGCUGUUGAAAUGUGAAGAUUGUAUUUCCCCUAAUAAAGGGGUUAUCCUGAAACAACAAGCCAUUGCAGAUAAAUGUUAAAGAAGUAAUUGACUUUGUCUCUUCAAAAGUGGUUUGUACUCCUGCAGAAAAGGAUUCUCCCUGGACUGGAACACAAAGAAUGUGAGAAAUGCUACCUUCUACACUCGUAUUGACAUGUGGCAUCAAGAUGAAGAACACUCUUUUCUUAUCUGAAAACACAAUAGCCAUACAGUUGUUCUAUGCCAGGUAUUUCAAGAGAUGCCUAAAAAUGGCUGUUAAUGAAGAAUCAAGGUCCUUUAUUUGUCAAAUGAAUAAUGAAUAUGUAAUGUUUGUGUGCCCACAAAAAUACUUCCAUUCUUAAAAUGUUUGAUUUUCUUAAGCACUAAACAUUGUUUCUUUCUUCACUCAGUCUGUAACUUGGUUGUUUACCAUAAAGCAUGUAGUAUAUCUCUGUCAAUAACGAAAUAAAAUAAUGAAGUGUGAAUUAAUGAAUGUUA